ACAUCAAAGUUCCCUUUUCAGUAAAAGCUUCUGGAUAAACGUGGUUUGUUUCAAAAACAGAAACACUUCGUGUUGUACUUCACACUUUCCAGUGGAAGAAAAUUACAAAUUAAGUCAUCCACAUCUAUCGGCUAAAUUUAUAAAAUUUCUGAGUUGCAGCUGGGGGCCCCACAAAAACCAUCCAAGUGCCACAAAUGGCCCACGUGCCGCACGUUGAACACCCCAGAUAUCAACUCAGACUUGAUGUUGGAUUGUGAAUGAAAACGCGUCGCAGAUUGAGCCACUUAUGGGCCUUUAACUCAUCAUUAUUCAGGUUUCAUAAAUCACAGCUGGAUCUCGUCCCAGAAUCGUUUCCGCUCCUGAACCUGAGGCGGCGUUAAAUGGUGGACAGGAAACGUCAUCAGGCUGUAAAUCAGGCAGCUGGAAAAGUCCAUCAAGGUGAACUGUCUGGGCUCAUGCGGCAUCUCCAACAAAAUGAACGACUCCUCGUGGAGUCUGGAGGAGCAGUACCUGAACAGCAUGCUGUCUGUGACCGAUAAAGGAACCCUGGCUCCAGGCGAGCACAGUUUCCCCUUCCAGUUUGUCCUUCCAGUCGCCAUCCCCACGUCGUUCGAAGGACCGUUCGGGAAGAUCGCUUACCGCGUGAGAGCGGCCAUCGACACGCCGCGCUUCUCCAAGGACUACAAGGCCCAGCGGCCCUUUUACGUCCUCAACAUGCUCAACCUCAACCAGGUUCCCGACAUCGAGCAGCAGAGCUGCGCCGUGACGACCAAGAAGUUCAGCUACCUGCUGGUGCGGACCGGGACGCUGAUGCUGAAGACCCGCAGCGACCUGCGCGGCUACGUCCCCGGCCAGCUCAUCAAGCUCUCCACGGAGAUCCACAACAAGUCCGGGAAGGACACCGGAUACGUCCUGGCCAGCCUGGUGCAGAAAGUGACGUAUCGGACCAAGCGGCCGGUCUUCGACCUGCGGACCAUCGCCGAGGUGGAGGGCGCCGGAGUGAAGGCCGGGAAACACGCGGAGUGGAGGGAGCAGAUCAUCGUCCCUCCUCUUCCUCAGUCGGCGCUCGCCGGCUGCCGCCUCAUUGACAUCGAUUACUUCAUUCAGGUGUCUCUAAAGUCUCCAGAAGCCGUCGUCGUUCUGCCCAUCUUCAUCGGGAACAUCCCAGUGAACCUGUCCCCCGCCAGCUCCAUCCCCACCAGUCCCAGUCCCAGCUGUUCACUGGUUCCCAGUGCCAGCAGAGUGACGCCCAGCGCCCCGCCGGUGGAGGACGACCCGGACGGCGAGCUCGGCGCCGGAGGCUUCGUUAGCGAAGAGAUCCCCACUAAGAGCCACUCGCAGCAGGACCCGUCCGGGCCGCCGGUCACCAUGUCGCCCAGCGCCUUUAGCUACGCCCCCGGCGCCGCGCUGCCGCCCGGCCGGCGCCCCGACGCCUCGGCGCCGCUCUUCUGCCUGUCCACUGGAGCCACCAUACCGUUCUUCACAGAGGGCGACGUGAACCCGAUCCCCACAUCCUGCUCACUCAUCCUGCCGCCGGAGUACAGCAGCUGUGACUAUCCUCAAGAACCGCCGCCGACGUACGAGGAAAGCUGCAGCAUUGUGAACUCUAGUUUUAACAACGGACAGUAGAAGAAGAAGCAGCGGACGGUGAAGCGUCAUGGCCGCCGAAUGGCUGCUUUCACUUCCCCGCCAUCCGGACAGAAACUCGCUGGAGGACGACUCCGCCCUGCAGACGGUCCGUUUGCGCUGAACAAGGGAUCGUUUCUCAUUUCCCUACGAGUUUUGGUUCCCGCCUCGUCUCCCAGCAGGUAACAUCAGACCCAACAGGUGAACUUUGUGCCUAAAAAGUAUUUUCAGAUCAAUAUUUAGGUUUUUUUCUGGGAGAAGUGUGAAAUCUCUUUCCUUAUUUCUGCAAGUUGUUGCAUCUGUGAUGCCUUUAGAGUAACUGCAGCACCCGGUUGCUUUCCGUCUGGCCCUGUUGUCGUAACAAACCUGAGCGGUUGGGUGUCCAUCAGGGUCGUGUAUUCGGCCCCCAGAUGUUUUGCUCAUCAACAAAGCAGCAGCGGUGUGUUUGUCAUGUACCAGUUCUGCUGCUGCAUCUAUCUGUUGAUGUGCAGAAACCAACAGAAACUCUCUGAAGGAUGUUUAGUGAUUUUAUUUGAAAAGAAACUCAGCUUUUGUUUCCAAGCUGUCUGAAUUUCUUGUCAGUUUUUUAGGUCCAGAUAAGUUUUUCUGAGUUUGUGAAUGUUUUCCUUUGGUAUUUGGCUGCUUUUUCAAACUAUUUCUGCCUUCUUGCUCAGCGUAUCGUGAGUCGGUUUCUUAAAGAAAAUGCCUGAUUGAUUGAUUGAUUGAUUGAUUGAUCCGAAUCAAUAGGAUUAGCAAAUAUUCUACUGGAAAGGUUUACAAACUGCUCUGUGUAAUGGAAAAACAAUGAAUAGGUCGAGUGAUUGAUCAAUUAGAAAGAUAAGAGGUUUGACUUGGUUUGUUAGUUUAAUUGAAUGUUUUUAAACUUUUGCUCCACACUGCCACCUUGUGCUGGUUUUAUUUUUCAUUCAAAAGGGAAAAAAAAGUCAAUAUUGCCAGAAAAAAGUCAUGUGAGAAUUCAGUCAUAAUAAUACAAUAAAUAGUUGUAAUAUGAAAAAACACAAUGUUUUGAGACCAAGGUGAAAUAUAAAAGAAUAAAAAUAAAGUCUUAAUUAUAAACUGUUGUAAGAUUAAAAUAAACAGUCGUCAUAAUUAUGAGAAGAAAGGUGCAAUAAUACAGAAAUAAACUCAUAUUACUAGAAAAAAUAUUCAUAUUAAUAGAAGGAAGUAGUAAUUUUAUGACAUAUUACAAUGUUGUGACGUUUUACUAGUUUUAUUUAUCUUAUGAAACAUCAACAUCAAACUUUUACCAGCAGCAAAACUUUGGAACGACACAAACAAGACAAUCUUUAAUCCUCAUUAAAAACUUUUUCUCCUAAUUUCAAGAUUUUCUCCUGGUAAAAUUGUGUUUGCUAAUAUUCUGACUUUAUUCUUACAAUUAAAAAAUAAAAAGUAAAUCUUAGUCCAGCCCUAAAACUCCAUUUUAAUCUGUAAUGAUUUAGGUUGAAAAUGCCGCUGCGCCCCCCGGUGGCCAGUUCUGGUACAGCCUCCAGUCUCUGCUGUUGCUAAAAUGCAUCUUAAAACGAGUCUGAGGAUCUUUUCUGUUGCCUUAAAGCUCAUGUAGACGACAACGUAAAUGUGCACAAAGCAGCACUUUCUGAACCUGUGUGUGUGAGCGAGAGAGAGAGAGAGAGAGAGAGAGAUGUUUGGAUUUAAGAUAUAAAAACUAGAUGCCACUGAUUUUUUUUUUACUUAAUUUUUGUGUUAAGCAGUUUUUCCCUCAUCACCUGAUUUUGUAAAUCAUUUAUGUCGUCAUUUAAUGUCUUUGUUUUUCUUUUGCACAUUAAAAAUAUUUUAUCUCUUGUGGCUCAGAAGAGGGAAAAGGAAGUGAAGUGAUUGUUUAUUCUUAGAGAAAAUCUCUUUAUUUAUGUUGAAUGUUGAUGUUUUCUACCACUUUGCUGCCCAUCUGGGUCCCUUCACACUCCUGAAACUUUAUGGACAACUAAAAAAAAUUGUUUGGAUUUUCAUAAUAUUUUCAAUAUUCUGUUAUAUUGAUCAUGCUCAAUAGAUGUAUAGAAACAGAAAUUUUCAAGUUUAUUAUGUUUUUGUACUCAAGGGUAGAAAAAGAGCAACAAUAAUUUAUUUUUGUCAAAAUGGCAAAAAUAAACAUUAAUGAUUGAUGUUUUCAGCUUCAACAAGCAGCUUUUUGUUUGUUAUCCUGCUUAUUUAAUAAUUUGAGCUUAAAUAUCUAAAGAUCUUAUAAAAAUGUAAAAAAAUUUAAGAAAUAAUUGUAGAUAAUAUAAUAAAAUUGUUGCCUCAGAAAAAAAUAAAUAAUGACUCAGUAAAACUUGUCACUUUAAAACAAUCUCUCUUUCAAGAUAACUAUGUUGGAAAUUAGCAUGUCGCUGAAUUUGAUGUAUUUUAUUUCAUUAAUUUGUUCAAUAUUGCAGCAAAAAUGGGUUUAAGUUUCCUGAUCUGAAGAUGAAGCCUGAGGUUUGCAAAUAAAGGAGCUGGAUAUAUUAUCUUAAGAUAAUGAGAUAUUGAAACAGUAUUUGCAACAAAGCACUCAUAUUUUAAUAUUCUGAACUCAUCAAAUUGUUCUAACGUCGCAUCUUAAAAAUAACCGCUCAAUAAAAACGAGAUUACUGUCAGGAUUAUGAAAAUUAAAUUAGAUUGGCGUCCUUGAAUCUUGAAAUAAUGAAACAACAAACCUUUUAUUUAUCUUCAAAUCUCAUUAUCUCAAUAUAAUAAGACAUAAGAAAUAAGAUUUCCCCUCUUUGGAGCUUUUAUUGCUUUAGAAACGCUGAUCUGAAGCACUAGAGUUACAUAAAACAUCCACACUUUAAGCAUUUGAAAGCAUUAAAAAUGUGAAGGAAUCCUGUUGAAAACAUUCGUCUGAAGCACAACUACUGUCCCGAUUUAUUUUCUGAAUGUUUUCUCACUUUUUAAAGCAAUCAACGAAAUCAGCAGGUUUAGCUCUGUCAUACUGUAAUGAUGUUAAAGUGAUAAUGUGACUGCAUGCCUUAAACCUUAAACAUGAGCCGCUUCUGUUUGUUUUCUAAUAAAUCUACCAAACUGCAAUCUAUGUAGCACAUAAAGACACUGGACCUUUUAUCUGUUUUAUUCUGAUUUUAGAAAACAAAUGUGACGUCCUCUUAUUUCCACAUGUGCUGCCUUUCAGACCUGCUUCUGUUUAUUUCAACAAAAGGUACUAUAGCUUUAUGAAAACCUGCUGUUCAUGUUUUGUUUUCUCCUCUUCCAUGUAAACGAGUGUCGCCUACUUUUGUAUUUUUCUACUUGUAAAUUGUUUACAGGUGCAGUUUGAAUAUACCGAGAAAAGCACCUUGACCCGUUCAUGUAACGUCUCCAGUGCAGAAUCAGGGUUGUACUGUACAAUAUAAUAAUAAAAAUCACAUGAUGUGUUUUUGUAGUUUCAACAGUCAA